AGCUCAAGUUGCAGGAGAAGAUGAUCCUCCUCCUUUCCCAAAGGCCAAAGCCGAAAGCAAAGCUCCUCAUGCCAACCGUAGUACCAGUACUGAUGAUGGCACUGCUGCUCCUCGUUGGAGGAGCAGUGGUCGCCGGUGGCCCAGGAGUCCUGCCCGGCUGCCCAGAAGCCUGCGGCAGCAUCGCCAUCCCCUACCCUUUCGGCAUCGGCCUAGGCUGCUCCCGCCCGGGCUUCAACCUCACCUGCGACGAGAAGCAAGAUCCACCCGCACUCUUCCUGGGCGAUGGCAUGGAAGUGGAAGCCAUCUCCCUAGCGGACGGCACGGUGCGAGUCCGGACCCUGGUCAAGGAUGGCUCCUUCUCCGUGAAGCCAUCUCUCAACUCCAGUGGCUCGUGGUCCGGUGGCCUGACGGGCACCGGCGUGCGGCAGCUCGCCGUGUCCACCAAGCACAACAUCUUCGUGGCCAUCGGAUGUAACUCAAGAUGGCCCCGAAACCCGCGUCCCCGCGGGUUUUUACCCCAUUAGGGGACGGGGAUGGGCGUUUUUCUAGCCCCGUGGGGCUGCUGUUGGGUAAAAUGUAAAACCCGGCAUGUUUCGCGGGUUCACACCCGUUUCAUCAAUACCCGAACCCAAAAUCCGGCCUACCCGCGAAAAUACAUUACACACGUAUUGGGUCACGCAGCCUGGACUCACAUCGGCCCAACCAUCUGCAGCGUCCGAGCCCCCAGCCUCAAAUCCACUCGAUGCACCCCAGCCUUGCUAGUUCUCGCCACCACACGGGCACCGCUCCCUCGAUCCCAUCUCGCACACCACACCAAAACCUAACCCUAGCGAUCCCGUCACUGGCGCCCGACCUUGGCUCGUUCGAUCCAAUCUCAUAGCCGCCGCCCCACCACUUUCUUCACCGGCGUUCAACCGAGCCGCGUCCCUCCAGGAUCCACGCCUCCUCUCAUCCCCAAGGACCAUGGUGGCUGCUGCACGUCA